CUACUUCCUGUAGACCUGAUAGUGCGGGAAAUGUUCGCUUGAUUUGUAAAUGAAGUCAUAUCUUUUCCCUGUCUGUGUUGUAAACCAAUCACUGGCCUUCUCUGCUUUAGCGCCCUGGGAUGCCCUCUGGGGCCCGAAUGCCUCAUCAAGGUGCUCCCAUGGGCCCCCCAGGUCCUCCGUUUGGUGGAAGUCCAUCAGUCCGUCCCGGAAUCCCUCCAACUGUAAUGGAACCAACCAGAAAACGAUCAGCACCACCCCAGGUUCAGCAAAACACACCUUCUCAGGGGCGGAGCCGAAGCGCCAAGAGAAGAAAGAUGGCGGACAAGAUCCUACCACA